AUGCUCAAGCGCAUCUCGGGCACCUUUGGCGGUGGCACUGCCUCCUCGGACCCGGCCUUCCUCCUCGCCCCGCCGCCAGGCUCGCGCUCGAAGCCCGCCAGCGCCUACCCGUUCCCACCUCAGCCGCACCCAGCCCAAGCGCCGCCAGGCGGCAUCGACCGCACGACGCUCCACAAGUCGCUCGCCGCCCUCUCGGCCCUCCUCGUCGCCCUCGACGACCUGCGCAGCCUCAAGUUGCAGCACGCCAAGGCACAGCGCCGCGUCGCCGUAGCCCUCAAGGACCUCGCCGGCGGCUUCAUCGGCGACGCCAACAAGGGCGCACCACCGGGCGCAGCGAGGAGCGACGUCGUCGUCGAGGCGCUCGGCGCCGCUGCGACGCUCCUCGAUGCGCUCGGCGAGACCGAGCUCAAGCACGCAAAGGGCUUCCACAAGGAGUACGAGGCUCAACGACUCGGCCGCAAAAAGGAGGAAAAGGUGUACGAGGACACGAUCGCCUCGCUCGACGCCAAAGUCGCAAAGGCCACCGCGUCGUACCAGUCCGCCUCGACCUCGACGACCUCCUCCUCCUCGUCACGCAACCGGCACGCCCACCUCGACACCCUCACGUCGCACCACUCGUCGUACAUGUCGACCCUGUCGUCGCUCUCGUCCCACAUCUCGGCGAUCAAGGCGUCGUACGCCCACGCCAUCGCCGCCCGCCGCGAGCUCGUCGCGCGCGAGGUCGGCCGCACCGCGUGCUCCCUCGCCGAGCACGAGUGGCGCAGCCGCAUCGACGCGGCCAAGAGGGGCGGCGGGCAAGCGCUCGGGAGGGUCGUGAGCGCCGCGAGGUGGUGCGAGGUCGGGAUGGAGAGCGCCGCGGGGCUGUUUGAGCCGGACGAGCUGGGCGAGGGCGAGGGGGAGGUGGACGACGAGGUCGGCGGGCGUGGCGGACCGCUCGUGUCGCCACACGCGCCGAGCGACGAGGCGAGCGCGGUACACGGCGCUCGGGCCGACGAGCCGGGUCGCUCGGGCACGCUGCGCGGGCCGCGCGCGCCGUCGACGUCGACGACUCGAACCGCCGCCACGACGAUGACGACGACGACGAGCAGCGGCGCGCACUCGCCCCGGCCCUCGGUCUCGUCGGCGCCCUCGUUCACCUCGCGCACCUCGUCCUCGGGCGGCGGCGGCGGCGGCGUCUCGUUCGCCCCUCCUCCCUCGACCCACCGCGACACAGCGACGACGCCCCGUCCAGCUCUGCCGCCCGCCUCGUCUUCGCGAUACCCGGCCUCGCCGUCCGACGGGCGCGACACGCUCCGCUCCGACACGUUCCGCGACGCCGCGCCCGGCGCGCGCGAGGCGCCGUCGCUGCCGCGCGAGUGGGCGCACGACGCGCAGGCGCGCUCGCCCAUGCUGCGCGAGCGCGAGCGCGACACGGCGGCGCGGUCGCCCGUGCCGUACGACGGCGCGCCGCCGCGCUCGCCGCUGCCGCCGCGGGACGACGGCGCGAUGACGAGGAGCGCCGCCGUCGAGGGCGUGUUGCGCCGCCCGACGCCGAGGUACGGGAGCACGCCUGCUCGAGCGUCGAGUCGUGCGGCGGAAGGGGAUGGCGCGGGUGAGAGGGGCGUCGUCGCGGCGGUGGACGAGUUUGGGCGGAGGAGGGACGGGCAGGGCGACGAGAGGGCGAGGGCUGGCUCGACGCCGCAGCGGCAGGACAGCUUUGUCGCGCGCAUGAGCGCCAAGUACGCCUCGGGCGGCGACGGGCACCGCGAGCGCGAGCGGGACCUGCCGCAGCCGGCCGUUCCUCCUGCCGCGCCGUCGUCCUCGACCUCGCCGACACACGCUCGCUCGUCAUCGCGCGUGUCGCUCCUCGCCAAGCGGUACUCGUCGCCUCCCGACGCCGCCUUCUCGCCGCCGAGCGCGGUGGCUCCCACGCACGCCGCUCCCGCCGCCCUCUCGAGCCGCCCCGCUCCGCCGCUCCGAGGCUGGACCGACGCCCCUCGCGCGAGCGCACCGGCGUACGAGUCGGCCUCGCCGCUCCCUCCUGCGCCUCGCGCGCCUCCUGCGGCCGAGGGCCCGCCGACGCCGUCGCACGCGCACGUCGGGUACACACACGUCUCGCUGCCGCGGGCGCCGCCGUUGCGCGACGCCGAGGACGAGCGCGAGCGCGAGGCGGCGCAUGCGCAGGUGCAUGGUCGCGCGAGGAGGUCGAGGAGCGGUGGCGCCGAGGGACGUGGACGGGGAGGGAGUGGCGCGAGGAGAGCGAGGUGA